UAAAAAAGCACAAAUUUCAUCAAUUCGUAAUAUUUACAUAACGACACAGAACCGCUUCGGCGAACAAUCGAAUAAUAAUAAUAUUCAAGAAGUCGACAAAAAAUCGCGCUACAAAAACCAGUCAACGACGAUCAUAAUAUUCUAAUUUUUUAUUGCGCGCGCGCAACUCAAAUCUCGCAGCAUAAGUCGUCCAACCUUAACAAAUUAAACAGUCGGAUCUUUUUGGAUUCUACUUGUUCCGGCGCGAUUCUGCUGUUUUUUUUCCUUAAUUCUUCACAAUUACGGUUUUGACAUUCUUGACGUAAUUUUGACAGAUACGAGACACACGGGCGAUUAAAAAUAUUCGAGACAAUGACGUUGAACAUCUUGAAGUGCUGUAUUUCUAAAUACGGCAUGCUUCAACUGAAAGAAUUGUCAAUUUGUUCAACAUCAAGAUUAUAUCUUUCCACUUCGGCUACAAUGAAUGCUAAGGACAGCACAGGUUAUAGAAUUGAGAGAGACACAUUUGGAGAAUUAAAAGUCCCAUCAGACAAGUAUUAUGGUGCCCAAACUCUUCGUUCAGUGAUGAAUUUUCCAAUUGGUGAUACAUUUGAACGUAUGCCUUAUGGAGUAAUAGUUGCUAUGGGUAUAUUGAAGAAGGCUGCCGCAGAGAUAAACAAAGAAUAUGGUUUGGAUCCUAAGAUUGCGGAUGCAAUUAGCAAAGCAGCAAACGACGUGAUAAGUGGAAAAUUAUAUAAUGAUCAUUUUCCUUUGGUUAUAUGGCAAACUGGAUCUGGUACCCAAACUAAUAUGAAUACCAACGAGGUCAUUUCUAAUCGCGCAAUUGAAAUGCUUGGUGGUGAGCUGGGCUCGAAGAAACCUGUACAUCCAAACGAUCAUGUUAACAUGUCACAGAGUAGCAACGAUACAUUUCCGACAGCUAUGCACAUAGCUGUUGCUUUAGAAAUCAAUAAGGUGUUACUUCCAGGUUUGGAAAGUUUGCACCUGGCAUUAAAAAAAAAAGCCGAAGACUGGAAAGAUAUUAUCAAAAUCGGCAGGACACAUACUCAGGAUGCAGUUCCGUUAACGUUAGGCCAAGAAUUCUCAGGAUAUGCCACACAAAUCGAAUAUGGUAUUAAAAGAGUAAAAGAUACGUUACCGAGAUUAUAUCAGAUAGCUCUUGGCGGCACAGCCGUCGGGACUGGGUUAAAUACGCGAAAGGGUUUCGCGGAGAAAACAGCUGCAAAAAUCGCGGAACUCACUGGUUUGCCAUUCGUAUCCGCUCCGAAUAAAUUUGAAGCUCUAGCUGCGCACGACGCGAUUGUUGAAGUACACGGCGCCUUCAAUACGGUGGCUGUUUCUGUCAUGAAGAUCGCGAAUGAUAUCAGAUUCCUCGGCAGUGGGCCUAGAUGCGGUUUGGGAGAACUCUCUUUACCGGAAAACGAGCCCGGAAGUUCUAUUAUGCCUGGAAAAGUAAAUCCCACGCAGUGCGAAGCUAUUACUAUGGUGUGUUGUCAAGUGAUGGGUAAUCACGUAGCAGUAACUGUCGGUGGCAGCAACGGUCACUUUGAACUCAACGUGUUUAAACCCGUCAUGGUCGCAAACACUUUAAGAUCUGCGAGACUGUUGGGUGACGGUUGCGCCUCGUUCACGAAAAAUUGCGUCGAGGGCAUUGUUCCCAAUAUCGAUAACAUAAAGAAGAUAAUGAAUGAAAGUCUGAUGCUUGUUACAGCGCUGAAUCCACAUAUUGGUUACGACAAGGCUGCUGCAAUCGCUAAACAAGCGCACAAAGAAAAACUUACACUAAAAGAAUCAGCUUUGAAAAAUGGUUUAACAGCGGAACAAUUCGAUAAGUGGGUCAGACCCGAAGAAAUGCUUGGUCCUAAAUAAAUAAAUUAAUUCUUGAAGAUAGGAGAGAUAAAAUAUUUUACAUCGCGUGUUGGUACUUAUUUAAUUUUUAAGUUUAAUUCUAAUAUAAAGAGGUUUAAUAAUGAGAUAAUCUGAUUGAGUGAUAUUUGUAAUGUAUAUGACACGAAGUGUGUUCAUUAAAGCUCAUGUUAUUCAAGUUU